CACAUCGUCUAAGAGAACAGUCGGUUUUUUUGCUAACGAAUUACAUUUUUGCCAGCAUGAAAAAUUGAUGCGUAACCGCUAAUCGACUCGUUAACCAAUCUGUCCCGAAGCUGUGGAACUCGCAAACCGCACACGCCACAGGACAGAAAAAACAGUGAAUGAGUGUCUCUAAAUGCCAAUUCAAUCACAAAGAUUAUACCUGCCCUAGUGAAUACAAUUUAGGUCGAAAAUGGCGCUCGUAUGUGAUGCAAGCGGCCCCAAAGACGUCGAAAUGAAACCGACCGCGGACGAGGACCUGGAGGACGGCGAGAUAGAGGACGACGACGACGAGGAGGAGCAGGCGGUCGAGCCGCCGCUGCCGCCUCCCGCUGCCGUUGCGGCCGCACCCCACAACCAGGAAAACGUGCCGUCUAACGCGAUGGUGGCGCAACAGCCCCCGCCGUCGGCCGUCGCGGCGGCCAAGCAGCCCGACGCCGCCAAGGAGCGGAAAGACCGGCGGGCGGGCCGGCACGACGACAAGGGCAGGAAGCACAUGACCGAGGCGGAGAAGAGCAUCCUGCAUCUGAGGAAGCGGGAGAAAAUGCAGAGGGAGAAAUGGGAGAAGUACAGGAAGGAGCAGCAUACGGGCGACGGGAUGGAUGAUGACUUCGCCAAGAACAUAGAGAAAACAAUGGCCUCGAUAUUGAGCAAAAAGGAGAAACAGGCCCAGGGCAUUGAGGACAAAGAUGAAAAGGAGGAGGACAAGGAGAAAAGGGGCAGAAAACGUAAAAAACACAAAGACAGAUCAAAAGCUAAACAACGUCGUACUGAGUCCCCCAACGACGAGGAGUUCGACGAUGCGGACAUGUACAACGUAAAAGGAGGUAGCCCAUUGAGGAACGACGAGAAACGACCCACGGACUCGUCAGCCGACAAUACAAACUCUUCGGACGGUUAUUCGUCGGAGAAGAGCCGUCCGGACGACCGCAACAGGAAACGAGACAAGAGGAACAACCGGAAGAACCAAAACAGAGACCGGAACAAGCACAAGGACAGGGACAGAGACAGGAAUAGCAGGCAAGAACAGAUCAAAGACCAGGCCGAGAUUUGCGUCUUCUAUUUGCAAGGAAAAUGUCAAAAGAACAAUUGUCCAUAUAGUCAUGAGGCUUCGCCCCCAAUGAAGCUGGAGCUAUGUAAGUUUUACCUAAUGGGAUGUUGUGCAAAGGGCGACAAAUGUCUAUACAUGCAUUCUGACUUCCCUUGUAAAUUUUAUCACACAGGUUUGCAGUGCUCACAGGGUGAUAACUGCAAGUUUGCCCAUGGAAAACCACUAAGUGAAGAUUUGAAACAGAUCCUGUUCAAACACAUAGAAACUGCGCCCAGGGACAUACUUGGCGGUUUCCCCCGUUUUUCACGUGAAGAGGCACUGAACAAAAUAAAUCAGGCGCAGCAGGAGCUGCGCCACGAAUACGGUAUGCCGGAUGAGGAGGGCGAUGACGGUAAUAUACCGUCGCUGUUCGACAUUGACGUGCCCGUGCCUCCAGAACUAGCCGACGAUACCGUCACACAAACGUCCGAUAAAGAGAAGAGGGCUAGACGUUCUCGGUGGCAGAACACGGAUAGUCAGACGACGGCAUUUGCCUCCAAGCCGUUCCCAUUCGGUAAAGACCAGGACAUGAGGAUUACCAGUAACGGAGAUGUGGACAUGAGGACGUUGCCUCCGCCUGGUCUGACGGCCCCACCGCCUGACUUCAGUACGCCACCCCCCAUUGAUAUAGAAAUAUACAAGCGGGAGGCCGGGCUAAUUUCUGACGCUCCCAAUCGAGACGUGGACAUCAGGACGUUGAAUAUUAAGCAGCACGACGUCGACAUACGUCCCGACCCUAGAUUGCUGGCGACAAAAGACACGGAUAUCAGACAACUGUUGCCGGCGUUCGACGAAAAGAGACCGCCCCCCAGCUUGCAGGAGUGCCCGUCCGAGGAGGAGAACAAUCUGCAGAUCGAUACGGGCGAAGACCCGGAACCCACAGCCUCCGACGUGGUGGUACCGGAGGGCAUGCCCAAGCUGCAACGCGACCUGUACCUGAGGAUACAGGCACAGCAGAAAGACGCGCCCCCGGACGUCCACAACGACAGCUUUAAAAUGGAGGACAACGACAACUGGUAUUCGGACGAGUCCGACGACGAGAACCGUCUAACGAUAAAGGACGACGAUGAAAUGAAGGAGAAGGCGGACGUGGCCAAAGAGGAGACCGUAAGCGCCGGCAUUCUGUCGCCCACGGGCACCAUUAAGCCCCAGGACGUGGUGGAGAAGCUGGGGGAUUUGUCGAAAAUCGACAUUAGUGCCGAGGUGACCAAGCUUUUGUCCUCGAUGUCGAAGUCGGGUGGUUUGUCGACGACGCCUGCGCGGGAGCCUGAGAAGGCCACGCCCGCUGAGCCGCCGGUGUCGAGGGAUCCGAGGAGGGCGGCCGCGGCUGCCGCCUCGUCCGAGACGAGGGAGCCGCGAAGCGACCCGAGGCAGAGGCCGAGGCAGGAUUCGUCGGAUAGUCAGAUCCAGCGGGAGAAGGUCAGCAUCUAUGAACAAGGCAGUUUCAGCGUCCGGGAUGAAGGUAUUAAAGUUGAUGCGGAUGGUAAAGAUAUAGAUCUGCGGAAUUUGACGUUGCCGUUUAAGGCGAUGCAAAACUACACGCCUGCUACUGAAAUUGAUGCCAGCAUAAAUGCGCAUCCUACCAUGAUGUGGAAGGUUUACAUUGUGGAUAUUCCACGACCUGAUUAUUCAAGUUUGAAGUUGUCGAUGAGCGACGCCGAAGCUUCUGGAGAUCCCCGUUUGAGGAAGAUUUUCAGGUUGUCGACCGAAGAGAAAGACAGUCCAAUGUCACCCAAACAAGAGAGCACCAACAGUAACAAACCAGCCAGGAUUGACCCUAGGCUGCGAAAACAAGAAGAAUCGAAAAGCAACGACCAAAUGAACUACAACCAACAACUAAAUAUGUUACUGGCGUCCAGUUUCUACCAAAGCCUGACCAGCAGUCAGAAACUCCUCCUCAACCAGGAACUAGCCAAGAGCAGCGGCGACGCCAAUAACCACGACCCCGUCUUGAACGGCAUCCUAUCAAAACUGGACAUAAUAUCGAACGUCAGCCUGCAAGCCGGCAACCCCAUAUCGAACGCCAUCCUGGCGAGCGUGGGCAAAUUGAACAACCCGAUGAUGGGCGGCCAGAACCAAAACGUGGUCAACCCGAUGAUGGGCCAGCCCAAUCCGAUGAACCAGCCGGGCCUGUUGGGCGCCGCCCCCGGCAUCCCGAACAUGGCCCCGGACUUCGGCAUGGGUUUCGACCCUCGCAACGGCGGCGGCGUCGGCGGCGGCCUGUUGGGCAACGCGCCGCCCCAGUUCGGCAACAACUUCCCGCCCGACAACUUUUCCGGUUACGGCGACGAUUUCUAUCCGCACGAGGGCGGCCCGCCGAACAGGCACAACGGCUCGAAUCGGGGCUUCAACCGGCGCCGCGGCCGCGGCAACGGGUUCAACAGGAACGGCAGGAACUUCCGGCACAACAGGAACAACAGGUCGAACAGGAGUCACACUCCGCCGUAAAUAAGUUGUGUAAGUGUCGAUUGAUUUGGAACGUGUCCUGGGUCAAUUUGUAAACGGCGGCAAUAUUGUUUUUCCUUUUUUUUUUGGUUUUUAUGUUUUAUUAUGUACUGUAUGAACCAGAGGCCAAUUUACGUAUACACACACGAGUUCGAAUUUUAUUUUUAAUUUGAUUCCUUUCUUUAGAAAAAAAAAUGGAUUAUUGUAACUUUGUAUCAAUUAUUAUUGAGACUGAAAUCCAGUGAGUUGUUGUUGUUGUUGUUGGAUACCCGUAAAGACGACUUUUUUUAUAGUUGUGAGAUUAUUGGGACGUUUCUCAUUCCUGACAACAAAUUUUUUUUGUAAAUAUUACGACAUAUUUAUUUUUUUAUAUACAAACAAUGGAAUUUGUAUUUAUCGUUCGUGAUUUAUUUAAUUUUCAACUUUUUAAAAUAAUUAUGAAGUGUAAUUAUUUAUAUUAAUUCUUUUGUCAUUUAAGACUUAAUUGUACAUUGUGUAUAUAAUUUUAUAAGUGGAUAAUACCAAUAAAUUGUAAAAUGUUAAA